CCUGUACAUCGGCUUGAACGAUUCUGAGUCUGCAAGCGAAAAACCCCAAAAUGUAGACAUGAGUCUCCUUUGCCACAGAAGAAGGUGAAAUGUGAAGCAGAAAAGGGAAGCCAUGGAUGUUUCAGAGCGUUGAGAGCCUCUCACUGUGCGCACUGGACACAGUCCGUGUGUCUCUGUUACACAAUGACAGCGCGUGGCCCCUGUAUGCCGGCAUUAUUGUUAAUUCUGAUUCACGUUAUGCCAGUUGCUGAGAGCUCAGAGAUGAUCACCGGAUUUGUUGGGUAUAACGUGACCCUGCCGUGCUCCUACGAUGCACAGUAUUAUGGGGGACUUCAUGUGUGCUGGGGGAGAGGUGAAAUACCUCGAAGUGGCUGUGACAAUGAAAUCAUCGCGACAGAUGGAUUUAAAGUGACACGGAGAAAAUCACACAGGUAUCAGUUAAGUGGUGACCUGAAUCAGGGUGACGUUUCUCUGACCAUCAUCGAUGCUGAGAUGGGAGAUUCUGGGAUAUACGGCUGUCGUGUGGAAAUACCCGGAUGGUUUAAUGAUCUGAAAAUCCAAGUUACCUUGACCAUACAGAAUAUUCGCAAAACGACUGCAUCACCCACCGAUGCUGCCAGUCCAGCGACACAGACUGCGAUCAGUCUAACACGAGGUUACUAUGGUAAUUAUUCUACAGGAAGUUCCGCUGCAAACACUCCUCAAGGCAGCGCUCAUACAGACAGAUCCUUCCUCAUCAUUGUACCUGUAGCAGUGAUCCUGCUGUUGCUGCUGCUGCUGGUCCUGGUGACAGGUCUCUGGUUACAUAAACGAAAACAGCAGAGAGAAGCGAGGACACUGGCUGCAGUGGAACAUCAGGCAGAUGCCUCAGUGCAUUAUGGGAACGUGGGCGCCCACAUUGGGUUCCACACCAGAGGGAUGGCCACAGAGAACAUAUAUGACCAAAGGGACUUUGGCGACUAUGAAUCCUGCCCUUAAUGCCUCUUAAACUAAAGCUGACAUCUCUACUUAGGCAGGCAAAGAAAAUGAUGCUUAGAUUGUCCUCCUGUAAAACUAUGAUAUUAUGCCUGUCAAAGUGUGUCAGCUUAGCCAUUUCAGAACCUCUUCUAAAAUCAUCCUAGUAUUUGCAGCGACCGUCCAGUGCAGCCAUGUAUUGUUUGAGUCGGCCACUAGCACACCUCAUACAGCUAGUCAAUCUGUCACUGACUUUUUAAACCAAUAUAUUUAAUUAUUUAACUGAGCUGUCAGUAAAAUUUAAACAAAACCAUGGAACGGCUGAGGUGCCCCUGAGGAGAUGUUUGGGAACUGAAGCGGUGUUCAUCUAGUCAUCCGACUAGAUAUCAGUAACGUUUUAGAAAACAGAAGAAAUUAUUACUAGUUUUUAUUGUGUUACUCUUAAUUUGCACAUGUUCUAAAGUUAAAUUGUGUUUUUUGUUCUAAGCCAAAGUGCACUUGCUACCCAGAUAAACAGCUUUAAACAUUUCUUUGGACUGCCUAAGACUUUUGCACAUCCUUCCAUCCAUUUUCCAAACCGCUUAUCCUUCUGGGUCGCGGGGGGUCCGGAGCCUAUCCCGGAAGCAAUGGGCACGAGGCAGGGAACAACCCAGGAUGGGGGGCCAGCCCAU